AGAGAGAGAGAGAGAGAGGUGGUGGGGGUUGGAUUUCGAGGAACGCGUUCGCCUCUCCGGCCUCGUGUCCUCUGGGAGGCGCCGUAGGGCCGAGUGUUGGCGGGAAAAUACGAGCCGCGAGCGGGAAAGGUCAUGGCGGCGGCGGCGGAGCGGGACAGGGCCGCGCACACCCAGAGACUUCGAGCUGCAGUGCACUACACCGUUGGAUGUCUUUGUCAAGAGGUUGGGGAAGACAAAGGAAAAGAGUUCAACAAACAAACCAUUGCAGCCAUAGCAGAAACAACCUUCCGACAGUGUGAAAUUUUUGCACAGGAUCUUGAACUAUUUUCAAGACAUGGAAAGCGAAGCACUGUUAAUACUGAAGAUGUGAAACUCCUGUCUAGAAGGAGCACAGCGUUGCAAAAAUUCAUAACAAAGAAGUGUGAUGACCUUGCAUCCGAUAAUGUGGAGAAGAAGACAUUGUUUACUGCAGGGAAAGGAAAGAAGAAAUCUAAUGUUCAGACUGAAUCCACAGUAACUGAAAGUGACGACACUUGUAUGGAGUAGCUCAGAUGACGUGUUUUAGACCUAAGUCCGGAAAUGAGGUCAUUGAACAGUUUCCCAUCAAUCUUUGAACUGAUUUUCUUUCAUGAGUAAACAGCAGCUUGGAGAAAGUAAUAAUAAUACUGAUAUAGCGCCUUAUCACGUAGUUAAGACAUCUCAAAGCGCUUCACAAAAUAUAUUAUAAAGUGGUUAAAUUGACUGCGAUUUUGGUGGCGAAACGAGGCAGCCAAUGGCGCACAUCAGUGUGCCACAAACAAUCGUGGAUUAAAGUAACCAACAAAUAACACCUGAAAUAAUUAAACAGAAUCCAGCUGAAUUUGACUUCACUGCAAGAAUUAAAAACAAUUGAACCCAAGAAGAAUAUUUAUCAAAGAUUCACCCUGAUGCCUUAGCUGUAAUAAUGCUAUCUCUAAACUUUGAUGUGUUGAAAUUCUACUUGGCACUUGUAAAGAAAAGUUACUCGUCUUAAGUCCAACGAGAAAUUACUUAUUUUUUUCACAUAAUAAUAAUAAUCCUUGCAUUUGAUAUAGCGCUUUUCAC